UGUGUUUGCGCGUCCAAGAGGAUUUCCUUUUGGCACCUUUAACAUUUUACCAAGAAACAAAAAAGAUUAUUUGACAGCUUUGACACUUUUUUUUAAAAUCUUCUAAUCCUAUUUAUCUAUUUCCAAUCCGUUUCUCCAAAAGAAAAGCUCUCUCCAUGAGAUUCCAGUCCUCCGCGCGGACUAGCACUUGAUCUCGGCGGGAGGACGCGGACGGAGGGAAGAUGGCCAUCCACGCCGAGGGUCUCGUGGCUAUCGUUAUUUUCUAUAUGCUGAUCCUGUUCGUGGGGAUCUGGGCCGCGUGGAAGAAUAAGAACUCUGGAGUUGGCGAUGGCGGAGAGCGGAGCGAGAGCAUCAUGGUCGGGGGAAGGGACAUCGGAUUGUUCGUCGGUGGAUUCACAAUGACCGCCACUUGGGUGGGUGGGGGCUACAUCAAUGGGACAGCGGAGUAUGUCUACCUGCCAGACUAUGGCCUGGCCUGGGCACAGGCACCCUUUGGUUAUGCUCUCAGCCUGGUAGUAGGUGGGCUUUUCUUUGCCAAACCAAUGCGCUCACGCGGCUAUGUCACCAUGCUGGAUCCCUUCCAGCAGCUGUAUGGAAAACGGAUGGGGGGCCUGCUCUUCAUCCCUGCACUGAUGGGAGAAAUCUUCUGGUCUGCAGCCAUUUUAUCUGCCCUGGGUGCCACACUGAGCGUGAUCGUGGACAUCAACAUAAAUAUGUCUGUGGUGAUCUCAGCACUGAUUGCGAUCUUCUACACGCUUGUUGGAGGACUCUACUCUGUAGCAUAUACAGAUGUGGUCCAGCUCUUCUGUAUCUUUUUAGGCUUGUGGAUCAGCGUGCCUUUUGCCCUGUCCAAUCCCGCUGUGUCAGACAUCAGUGUUUCAGCCAAAGAAGCAAUCUACCAGUCACCCUGGCUGGGGAAGAUUGAGCCAGAGGACAGAUGGCUCUGGGCCGACAACUUCUGUUUGCUGAUGUUGGGGGGGAUUCCCUGGCAGGUCUAUUUUCAACGGGUUCUUUCUGCCUCUUCAGCUACCUACGCCCAGGUCCUUUCCUUCCUCGCCGCCUUCGGCUGCUUGGUCAUGGCCGUCCCCUCUGUCCUCAUAGGAGCUAUAGGGGCCUCCACCGACUGGAACCAAACUACUUACGGUUCCCUCCCUCCGAAGGAUAAAGAAGAAUCAGACAUGAUCCUACCCAUAGUGCUGCAGCACCUAUGCCCAUCCUACGUCUCCUUCUUUGGUCUGGGGGCGGUGUCAGCUGCGGUCAUGUCGUCAGCGGACUCAUCUAUUCUCUCAGCCAGCUCCAUGUUUGCCAGGAACAUCUAUCAGCUCGCCUUCCGGCAGUCGGCCUCAGAUCGUGAAAUUGUUUGGGUCAUGCGCUUCACCAUCUUUGUAUUCGGCGCUCUCGCCACUGCUAUGGCAUUGUUGACUGGAUCAGUAUAUGGCUUGUGGUACCUCAGUUCCGACCUGGUCUAUGUCAUCAUCUUUCCCCAACUUCUCAGUGUGUUAUUUGUCAAGGGCACUAAUACCUAUGGCUCUGUGGCUGGCUAUGUCUUUGGUCUGUUGCUACGCAUUGGUGGAGGGGAGCCCUACCUCAAACUCCCUCCCUUCAUCUUCUACCCUGGCUGGGUUAAACAGGAGAAGGUACACCACCUCACUGGUAAUGUUGAGUACUUUGUCCAGCAGAAGUUUCCAUUCAAGACUAUGUCCAUGGCGGCAUCCUUCUUGGCGAAUGUGGCCUUUUCUUACCUGACAAAGUACCUUUUUGAAAGUGGUAUGCUGUCACACAAGUACGACUUCCUGGAUGCUGUAGUGUCCAAGCAUAGCAAGGAGAUCAUGGACAAGGCUACGUUGGUAAGCAACCAUGACAACAUCAUCCUUUCAGAGAUGGCUCCCGUCAAGCAGGCACUGAGUGUGUCACUCGCUGGAACCUUCACCAACACCGAGAUCCUCAGUGAUGAUGGGGCAUCCAGUCCAGAGGAUUUUCACCAUGACUAGACAACAAAUGCACGAGGGAACUAGAACCAAGGAAUAUGAAGAAGAAGGAAUUGUCAAAGAGGCAUCAACAUACUUCAGGAAACUUGCUACUGCCGCACUGAAAGCUGAAUCAGCAGAAAUCUGCUCUGGCUUUCGAGUGACUCAACAAGUUUGUUUUAUGCUGAUGACGUGGUGCCUCCUUCUUUUUUGGACAUUCCUUGCCCAGAAACAGAAGAUAGACUGUCAAUCAGCUGUGUUAAGUAUACCAUACUCAGUGUUGUGUUCUUAUCAUGACUGUCAAUCCAAAACCACAACAAUAAUUUUAAUUUAAGUGCUGCUAUAGUAAUCAGAGGAACUCUGAUAAGGAAGAUACAGAAAGCCUAUAUGAGGGUCUACAAAUGUUUGCAGUGCGACAUGAGAAUUGUGCAAUAUCUAACCUAGGCAUUGUGUCCACAUAGCUGUCCGUGUGUGUUGAUGUACAUGUGAAUGUGUUCUCCUGCUUCAAAAAUGGCAUCAAGUGAAUCCGACAGAAACUUUUUUCUUUUUAGACUGAGUUGUGAGUUUGCGUUGAGUAAAUUUAUUAACAGAGCAAUAAUAUUUUUGGAUCUAUGUUUUACAGAUAGAUACAGAAUUCUAAACAUGCAUUAAUUUUUAGAUGAGUGGAUUAUUUUGCUGAAUUUAUGGUGUGUGUGUUAACCUUGCUCUGAAGCCUCCUGAUGUACUCGCUCGUCAAAUAAAGAACCACGUACCCCAUGAUAAUCCCAAACCUUGCACUUACCAAGCAGAAGAUUGAUACUCAGUUGAUUUUCUGCAAAAUCCCAGAUUACGUUCAGUUGCAACAUUUUAGAUUAUUCACUAGCAAAUCUUUUUAAAUGUAAAUUUUUUAACACCAUCCACAUGUUGCAGCUAUAGUAUUGUAGCCCAGAGAUAGUAGACCAGGGUCCACAUAGUGCUCACUUUUAGGUUGAGGUAUGAUCAAAGUUUAGCCUACUUUUAUUAAUUAACCUCAUGUAGGCAGCACAACGACCUGUAAAUUCAUCAGUGACCUUAAUAAGUUUGGU